AUGGAUUGCCGAGGAAAUGAGUACUGGGACCAGUGGGGAUGCUGUGUGACCUGCCAACAGUGUGGUCCUGGAUAGGAACUCUCCAAGCUAAGUCCCCCUAAUCAGUAUGAUUGUGGUUAUGGAGAGGGUGGAAAUGCAUAUUGUACAGCCUGCCCUACUCGCAGGUAUAAAAGCAGCUGGGGCCACCACAGAUGUCAGACUUGUAUCAUCUGUGCUGUCAUCAAUCAUGUUCAGAAGGACAAUUGCACAGCAACCUCUAAUGCUGUCUGUGGGGACUGUCUGCCCAAGGGAGCCUGUUGUAUGUUCUACCAAAUGACAUGCAUUAGAGGCCUGCAGGACCAAGAGUGCAUCCCAUGUACGAAACACACUCCCACAUCUGAAGUUCAGUGUGCCUUCCAGUUGAGCUUAGUGCAGGCAGAUUCACCCACAGUGCCCCCUUAGGAGGUCACACUUGUUGCACUAGUGAGCAGUCUGCUAGUGGUGUUUAUCCUGGCCUUCCUGGGGCUCUUCUUCCUAUGCUGCAAACAAUUCUUCAACAGAAAUUGCCGGCAUGAAGGUUCACUGCAGUUUUAGGCUGACAAGACAGCAGAGAAAGAAUAUCUCUUCCCCCUGCCACCUGCCCAGGAGACCAGUCCAGAGACCCCAGUGAAUGAGAGCAUCUUUGAGAAUCAACCACUUAACCCCAUCCUGGAGGAUAACUGCAGCUCAACUCGUGGCUUCCCCACACAAUAGUCCUUUACCAUGGCCUCUUGUGCCUCAGACAGCAACUCGCACUGGGUUCACAACCUCAUUGAAUGCACAGAGUUGGACCUGCAAAAGUUUUCCAUCUCUGCCUCCUAUAUUGGAACUGAGACAUUGGGAAAAUACACAGCUGAAAGCUCUGGGGACAAGCUGGAGCUCAAUACGCCCUUUGAAAUUCUCAGACCUUAA